AUGAAUCAGGACAAAUUUUCGACUUCUUUCAAAGACAAAUCUAAAAACGGAUCCCACAGUAAAAUAGAACUUGAAGUAGAAGAUGAUAAAACAAAACAGCACGACCACGAUGUGCCGAUACAAGACAAAAGGACAAACGAACAACAAACAACAAAAAAUAUUCUUGACUUUCCAGAUGAAGUUCUUCUUUGUAUAUUGAAAAAUCUAGACAAAAACGACUUGAAGAAUCUCCGAUUGUGUUGCACAAGAUUUUCAAGACUAGCACUAGAUAAAUCUUUAUGGACUUAUGACUAUCGCAAAGAACCUAUUCUUCCGUCUCAAAUGGAGCCGUAUGAAACCUUCUUAGAACCAUUAACAUACACCUUAGCAAUACGUGGAGAUUUCCAACAAUACAGUGAAAAUCUGCUUGGACUUUUAUUUUUUUCUAAAGUAAAACAAAUAUGCCGGGCACUUCGAACACUAAUUAUCGAGGAUUAUUAUAUUAUUGCAGAUGAGGUAUCUUUUACUUGUUUUGAAAAUAUUUACACAAUACGUACUCAUACAACAAAUUGCUAA